AUGGCAUCCUAUCUCUACAGGCGUGACGUGGUGUCCGACGCCAAAGACACAUUAUCUAGCUGGGACAAGUGCAUGGACAAGGACUACUGCAAAUGGCCUGUCAUUGUCGCAAUCAUCGUCGGUUGUCUAAUCCUGUUCUCCGUCCUCUUCUGCGUUGCUCGAUGCAUUUGCUGCGGCGUUGAGCUGUGUUCCUGUUGUGUGAGCUGCUUUACCUGCUGCGGAAGCUGCUGCGGAGGUUGCUGUAAGGGAGGGGGUCGAAGUCGGGACCGUCCUUCGAAAUACACAGACGACUAUAGUCGCAUGCCUCCUACUCCCUACCAGGGAUACCAGCCAGCCCCGAGCCCGAUGGUCUAUGGUGGCGUUGGCAAUCCCAGCGCCCCACAGUUUGCGACCUUUGACGACCCGAGUAGCAAGAGAAUGGUCAACGAAGACAGUCUCCCGCACAUGCCAAGCUGGGAUACCGCUGUGAAGAGGCGAGUCGAGGACACCAGUGCACCGCCCGAGGCUAAGAACGGUGACCUCGAGAUGGGCAGGCUAGACUCGCAGCCGCAAAGGAUGAGAGGGGGCUACAACAGCGUCCCCAACCCUGCGGUCUCACCGAACCCGACCCAGUCAGAAUACUUACACAACGACUCGGGCAUGAACCACGCUUACAACUCCGACCUGGGCGACCAAAGAUUACUCAGCCAUAACGAAACUCACGGCUUCCAGGCCGUCCCUCUGAGCCCACCUCCCACUUAUCGUUCGAACUCCAGUGCUCCGUCCCUUGCCGGCAGUCAGUUUGGCGGCGCCGGCGCAGCCAUGCCGGGCCCUAACGCUUAUAAUCACGGUCAACAACAGCACCUACCGCAGCGCCAACCCAGCUACCAAGACUCUUACGCUCCAAGCAGCACACGGUACGAGCCAUCACAGCAAGACUACAUGUCGGAGUCCAACAGACUCAGCAUGCCCAUGCCGUAUAAUCCUGGCCCAACAGCCCAACCGCAAGCACUAUAUCCACCAUCAGAAGCAUCGCCACGUGACAUCCGACCUCCAAGUUUCCUGCAGGUAGGAAGAAAGCCUGUCCAAGGAAGCUUCAGGGAGGUCUGA